UUAAAUGCAUGGAGUGUGGAAAGAGCUUCAAUCAGAGUGGAGAGCUUAGAUCACAUCAACGGACUCACACAGGGGAGAAACCAUAUGAAUGUAUGGAGUGUGGAAAGAGCUUUAAUGAAAGUGGAAGCCUUAGAAGACAUCAAUGGACUCAUACAGGCGAGAAACCAUAUAAAUGCAUCGAGUGUGGAAACAGCUUUAAUAAUAGUGGAAGCCUUAGAAGACAUCAACGGACUCACACAGGGGAGAAACCAUAUAAAUGUAUCGAGUGCGAAAAGAGCUUUAGUGAUAAUGGAAGCCUUAGGAAACAUCAACGGACUCACACAGGGGAGAAACCAUUUAAAUGCAUGGAGUGCGGAAAGAGCUUCAGUCAGAAUGGAAGUCUGAAAUUACACCAACGGACUCAUACAGGCGAGAAACCAUAUAAAUGCAUUGAGUGUGGAAACAGCUUUAGUAAAAGUGGAAGCCUUAGACAACAUCAAUGGACUCAUACAGGCGAGAAACCAUUUCAAUGUAUCGAGUGUGGAAAGAGCUUUAGUAAAAGUGGAAACCUUAAACAACAUCAACGGUCUCACACAGGGGUGAAACCAUUUAAAUGUAUGGAGUGCGGAAAGAACUUCAGUCAGAAUGGAAGUCUGAAAUUACACCAACGGACUCAUACAGGCGAGAAACCAUAUAAAUGCAUUGAGUGUGGAAACAGCUUUAGUAAAAGUGGAAGCCUUAGACAACAUCACCGGACUCAUACAGGCGAGAAACCAUAUAAAUGCAUUGAGUGUGGAAACAGCUUUAGUAAAAGUGGAAGCCUUAGACAACAUCAACGGACUCAUACAGGCGAGAAACCAUUUCAAUGUAUCGAGUGUGGAAAGAGCUUUAGUAAAAGUGGAAGCCUUAGAAGACAUCAACGGACUCAUACAGGCGAGAAACCAUAUAAAUGCAUUGAUUGUGGAAACAGCUUUAGUGAUAGUGGAAGCCUUAGAAGACAUCAACGGACUCACACAGGGGAGAAACCAUAUAAAUGUAUUGAGUGUGGAAACAGCUUUAGUAAUAGUGGAUACCUUAGACUACAUCAACGGACUCACACGGGGAGAAACCAUUUUAAUGUAUGGAGUGUGGAAAGAGCUUUAGUAACAGAGGAUGCCUUAGAAGACAUCAACAGACACACAGGGGAGAAACCAUAUAAAUGUAUGGAGUGUGGAAAGAGCUUCAGUCAGAAUGGAAGGCUUAGAAAUCAUCAAUGGACUCACACAGGGGAGAAAUCAUUUAAAUGCGUGGAGUGUGGAAAGAGCUUUAGUGAUAAUGGAAACCUUAGAAAUCAUGAACGGAUUCACACAGGGGAGAAACCAUAUAAAUGUAUUGAUUGUGGAAAGAGAUUUAGUGAUAAUGGAAACCUUAAAAAACACCAACGGUCUCACACAGGGAUGAAACCAUUUACAGUGGUGCCUCGCAAGACGAAAUUAAUCUGUUCCGCGAGUGUCUUCGUCUAGCGGUUUUUUUGUCUUGCGAAGCAACCCUAUUAGCGGAUUAGCGCUAUUAGCGGUUUAGUGGCUAUUAAAGGCUUAGCGGCUUAGUGGCUUAGCUGCUAAAAGGCUAUUAGCGGCUUAGAAAAAGGGGGGGAAGCGGGAAAAAAUCUCAAGACUCGCAAGACAUUUUCGUCUUGCAAAGCAAGACCAUAGGGAAAUUCGUCCUGCGAAGCAACUCAAAAACAGAAAACCCUUUCGUCUAGCGGGUUUUCCGUCUUGCGAGGCAUUCGUCUUGCGGGGCACCACUGUAAA